GGAUGCCACACCGUCCUAUAUUUAACCCACAGGCCCAAAGGCAGCCACAGACACACGGGGGCCGCUGCUGCACUUGAGGCUGCUCUGCUCUCUGGCUCUGUUGAGCGGUGAUACACGAGAAGAGGCACCAUGGUGGUGGGAGGCUCGUCCGAGCUGAAGAUUUCCCUCGGGGAUAUAUUUAAGAAGUUCAACCGCGCACCCAUCACGCAAGGGCCAUCCUCACAACCCACGUCCCCCGGCACGAGAGACGAGCCAAGUGGCGCGGAGGAGACUGAUGGGAAGGGAUCACAAAGUCGGCAGGAUGAUGACCCGGGUAAUGCGAACGAUCGGACCUGCGGUGCUUCCGAGAAGUUGCAGGAAAGGGCGGUGAACGGCAGAGUGGUGGAGCGAGGUGCACGGCAGGACCGUUGUGUCCCUGACAAGUCUAGCGAUGCGCAACCAGAGUGCGAACUGAGGCCGGCUCAGGUGGAUCAAGCAACGGAGAGGAGGCGGAACGGUGAGGUGAUCGAGCAAGGUGGAACGUUGGGGAGAAGUAAUGUUUUAAACAAGUUAAUCAAUGAUCAGCUGGAGAAAAAGUUGAGUUCAAUUCUGUCAGAAAAACUACAACAGAGGAUGCAGAAUGGUGAGGUGGUUGAGAAGGGUGGAAUGUUGGAAGGAAGUAAUGUUUUAAACGAGUCAAGCGAUGAGCAGCUGAAGCAAGAAUUGAGUUUGACACGGUCAGAAAAGCUAAAGGAGAGGAGGCGGAAUGGUGAGAUGAUUGAGCAACGUGCAUUGUUGGAAGCCAAAGGUGUUUCAAUUGAGGCCAACACAAAGACCGAGAAGCAAUCCCAUGAACUAAGUUCAGGUCAACGAGAGAAGCCAUCAGAAGAUAAAAGACUUGAGAACAAGGCCUGUGGUGAAUCUGGGGAGAAUGGAGACAGAGAUAUUUUAAAUAUGUCAAAUGGCGACUUGCCCAGUAGUGAGGUCAAAUCAACUCUGUUCGAAAAGCCAUUGCAGGAUGAUAAAGCAGCAGACAAUGUUACAACUCAAAAUGACAAAGAAAUGCGAGACCUUAUAAACAAGUUGAUUUUGAACCAUCGCAGCGGCCAGGGGCUCAAGCAUGUAGGUCUACAACCUCAGCAGAAGCAGCCAAAACAGCAACAACAGCAAGGAAAAUCCAAUCAGAUACAUCAGCCACAUGGAAAAUGCCGUGUAGUUGAGCCAGCAGGUAACCAGGAUGCUGCAGCAGUUUCAACUGCUUCUGCAGACUCUCCUCCCGACUCUUCAGAGUCUGUCGACUCAGAUGAAUCAGCGCAGGAGGAUUCGACGCGCAGUGUCGUGUGGAACGGGGUCAUGGAAGAAUUACGAGAUCGCGCGGCUGCAAAGAAGGCUGCGAGCUUCCGUUUGAUCAACAGGUCGAGUAAGUCGAACCAGCCUGCGAUAAAGAGACCCAAUCGCGGAGCAAACGAGCUGAAUGAAGGACUAAAGUCAAACACAAGCACUGUACAGCCUACCUCUGAUCCAUCAGCUAACACCAGUUUAAAAUCUGAAUGUUUGGAGCAGCAGGUUGGGAACGCUGAAACUCGUGCUGAUGGCACCAAGCAAUGCGAGUCUUCGUCCACCAUCGGCCGGAUUGCGACCUCGAAUGUGUGCAAACCAGAGCAAAAAAAACCUGUACCAAACGGUUCAAUAACAAAGCAAGCCUCCACUGUUGAUCUAUCGAAAGAUUCCAUCAAUCCUCAGGCAAGUGUUGCCAUCAGCUCCCGCAAUUCAGAGCCUCCUCAGCCGGAUCAACAACAACCUGUGCAACGAUCCAGGCGACGUCAAUACGGCAUCAACAAGGGCACCAAUCUGGCGUCUCAAGACCGUUCUGCUGAACCACAAACAGAAAAGCCUGUUAGUAUGAGCAAAACAUUGGAGUCGACCCAGCUGGAGAAACCACUGCGCUGUGAGACCACCGGCAUUUGUAAGACUGAUCAAUGCUGUACGACUGAAUCUCAUAGCCCCACCAAACCAGCUUCUGCCCGUUCGCCAAUCAGCUGCCCUUUGUUGCAAUCCGCCCCUCUGCAACAUCUGAAUAAGCCCAUUGGAGGAGAUCGACCUGUAAAUGCACAAGUUGAGAACCAGGCGAUCGGUCCAGUGACGCCCCCACCAACGAAUGAGAAUACACUGUGUUCUUCAAAAAUGGUGAUUACCCUGUCGAGUGGAUGGGGCAAGACGAGCUAUGAGUCGACCCCGGCGAACGCCCGACACUUAUCUCGCAGCACUUCACAGGUGUCCAUCUCCCAGAAGACCUCGUCAGACCAAGGUGUUCAUUCAGCUAUCCCACCAGCUUACUCCAAUGGCACCCUCAGCCCGACCGAACGUGUCCCAGUGGGGUCCCUCCAAACGAAGCGAGACAGGCCCAGUGAUCAUAAAUCCGAGCCAAAGCAAGAUACCAGUGGCUCCAAAGAGGACAUGAAUGAUUCUAGGAGACUCAAAGAGGUGUCAAAACUAAGCUUCAAUGUAUCAGGACAAACCUCGCCUACUACUAGCACUGCAGGAAAGACCUUUAAGAUAUGCAAUCCAUCGACAGAUGCAUGCCAAAGUAUAACCGCCAACAUAAAGCUGAAAGAGUCAGAGAAUGUUUAUGUGGAAGUGAAGAAACCUGUCACCAGCCCAUUAGCUUCCCCAAUCUCCGGUGAGGUGCACGUUGUGAAGAAGGACUCAGUCAAUCGAGGACCAACACCAACUGCAGUUACACCCAAGCCGGAGAAAUGCACUCCCAUGCAGACUGCAAAGCAGCUUAGUCAGCUGAACGGGGUAUCUGCUGAGCAUGACUCCACCAUCAUGACGGUCGUGGAGGAUCAAGAACCAUCAAAAGCCCAUAGCAUCCGAGACGACCAGCUUCAGAGCAAUGGGGUGGUCAAACAGGAAUUGAAAAAAGUCACUCAUUCGGACAUACAACCAAAGCAGGAGCCCCGUAAGUCCCAAGGCGCAACAGAUAUAGGUAGCAACAAGAAAGGGAUGGACUUGGAGCCCAAAGGGGGUUCGCAGCAGCCAGUGUCAGCAGCAGCAGCAGGUACUAGUAGACGCCAACGGGUCCCUCUCAGCAACAACAGCAGUAGCAAGGAGUAUGGUGUCGGUGGUCCGCGCGUCCCGCCUGGCUCGGGUGGCUGUGUCGGUGGGCUGCGCGGCGCCUGGGAGCAAUGGUCGGACGACUACACAGAGAGGCAGAAGUUGAACCCAUUCAGCCAGCGCUUCGACAUGGAGCAGGCGCUGUCCACGCUGCCGCAGAAGGGUGAAGAGGGCUACGGGAGGCCCAAGGAGGGCACGCGGACGGCCGAGAGGGCGGCUCGUGCGCAACAGGACGUGCGCAAGGAGAUGCUGGAGAUGUGCUACCUCAUCCGGCGCAUCGGUGAACCGGGAAGCGACGGGCGCACACAGGUUGCCUUUGGGCGACUCUUCCACACGUACGCCCGUGUCUCCGACAAACUCGUGGGCAUCCUGCUGCGGGCUCGCAAGCAUGGGCUGGUGAACUUCGAAGGCGAGAUGCUGUGGCAGGGACGCGACGACCACGUGCAGAUCACGCUGCUUUGCUGACCACGUGGUGGCGCGAAUCAAUGCGGCACAAAGAAGAGGGGUGGGGCUUAAGGAGGCUGUGCCGCCCAUAUUGAGACGGUGGUGUGAUGUCCAGUUGCCACCUGUCCUGGUUUUCCCGGGAUUGUCUUUUUGUUUAGAGAUAGAGUUAGGGCUGGGAAAUAUGUAAAUCUUCCCCAGACGUUAAAAUUGCAUUGUAAGUAUGAUUUCAAUUAUCUAACCACUUUAAACUAGCGUUGGUGGAUCACGCUUGAGAUGGAGCAAUAAAAAUGUGCGUUACGCACACCUUCAGGGAAAAAUAAGGUACAUAUAAGGGGGCAGUACAGCAAAUAGGUAUGAUAUUGUGUUGAAGGUUUGUAGGUGCAAAAUGUAAUAACUUUUCACAUGGGUUAUUAUUGUUAUUUUAAUUCAGGACGCUCAGGUUCCCUCUGCCUCCUCGGCCACGAAAACACCACAACCACAAAAGGAGAUCUCACGUAUUACUAAAUCGCUCGAUCUUGUCGGAUCUCUGAAGCUAAGCAGGGGGGGGGGGUUCGGCCUGGAGAGUGGCUUUUAUGGAGCGACCACCACGGGUAUAAAAAGGUGUCACAGGUUGUCGUGGGUGCUACUUGGGGGGGGGACACAUCCCCCCCCCCCCCCCAUAUUCAAAUAAUCUCAAAAUGCCCCCCCAAUAUAUUGCUAUAAAAUAGAUUUCUGUUUAUAUGAUUGUGGUUAUGGUUGUACUUUAUUAAUCCCUAAUCUCUGCCAUUACAUACAAUGAAACAAGAAAAGGUAAAAAAAAAAGAAAAAAACGGAGCUAUGUAAUACAAUACACUAUUAGACAUUAUUGUAAAAAAAAGUCCAUCCCAUGUGUUAGUGGUUUUUUUAAAUAUUUAAUCAGGAAAUGGGAGGAAUUUUUUUUCAAAUUUAUAUAUUUUUUUUUAGGGGGGAGACCCCCAGACCCCUGGAAGAUUUGGUCCCCCCCCCAAUGUUGGUGAAAUGUCAAAUCACCCGCGGGUGACGUCACGACCACGUGACCCACGUGCUCACGGGGUCACGGGGUCGUUUGUUUCCCGCGCAAAAGCGAGGCGCUUCGACUCACAUCGCUGUUAAACUUUACAAUGUUUUUAUCAUAAUAAUUACGAAACGAGUUUAAAGUGCAAGUUAGGGAACGUAUUCGAGGUUUCUUUUUUUUCCCCCGUGAACAUCUUGAGAGGAAAUAAAUCUGUAAAAAAAUAAAAAAAACUUUGUUUUUCUUCACGUAACUCACGUAUGGAGGUACGUUUUAUUAAAUCAAUUAACUCGCGGGUGUUAUUGCGUGGCAUGCUUUAAUUAUUAUUAUGUAUUUGCAAUCAAAUGAAAGUGCAAUGUAUAGUUUUUUCAAUGAUUACAGUAGUUAGUGUUAGCAGUAAUACGCUAUUCGCAAUACUGUACUGUAAUACGACUUUGCUAUUUUUUCAUUUCGCUUAAAUGUGCACUUUUUAUGUAACGUAUUUCAUGUGUUUAUAAUAUGGGAGUUAAUAAAUAAACGUAACAUUUUC